AUGUCAGCCAGCAGUUGCGAGAGAGUGCAGAAGCGGACGGCACGACUGCUUGUCCAGCUGGCGCCACAGGGAGCGUCCAGCGGCGGCGCAGGCCACGCCCGUGGACGGUCACUCCCGCUGCUCCGCGAAGCGCUGGCACGGGUCGACUUGGAGAGCCUUCUUGCCGACGGCGAGCAUGUGGCUGCUGGCGGAGCUGGGAGCUUCGGCAGUGCUGACGAGGCCGGGAGCAGCAGUGGUGGAACGGUGGGAGCCGUCAAUGUCGCCGAGUGGGUGGCCGGCGCCGGGUCGUGGACGGCGGUGUCUGGCGCGGUGGCGGUGAGCCAGGCGCGGAUCGACGCCUUCUCGGCGGUCACACUUGACCCGCAGUGGAUCCACGGGGCAGAGGCUGGGCUCGCUGGCUCGCCGUAUGGCACACCCAUUGCUCAUGGCUUUCUCGUCCUCUCGCUGCUCUCGCCGCUAGCGGCGUCGACCCUGCCGCCCAUCAAGGGCAUGGGCAUGGGCAUCAACUACGGUCUCAACCGAGUUCGGUUUGUGGCGCCCACGCGCGUCGGCGCUGCUGUCCAUGCCUCAGUUGCUCUGGCUGCCGUCAAGCGCAUCAACGGCGGCGGCAUCGAGUCGGUUCUGGACGUCUCGCUCGUCUCGUCCGAUCCGGCUGUAGGCGACAAGCCCGUCGUUGUCGCUCAGUGGCUUGUCCGCCACUAUCCGUAG